AUGGAUCCAAUCGAUGUAGGCGGUCGCGGUGAUAUGGGCCCGGGCCAGGGUCAGCUCCAGCCCGGCGGUGGCGCCGCGAUGAUGUCCGCGGGUCAGCAGGGCACAGGGCUCGGUGUCGCGCCCGGUGACUCGGCCUACAGCACCACCACCGUCAGCACCGGCGUCGACCCCACCACCGGCCAGCCCACUACCACGUACCAGACGUACACCGUCGGUGCCGUGCCCACCUCGUCCGAUGACGGGCUGGGCGCCGGCUACGCGACUUACCAGACGUACACCGCCACGACGGGCUUCCAGGACGAUCUUGGUCCUUUAGACCCCGGGCGCUUUCUCCGCCCUGACGAGUUUGGUGAAUGA